AAAAUGAAUCGUAAUUGUCCGCUCUAUAGUCCUCCGUGUCAACGCUGCAGCUGUGCUGGCAUUACGUGCCAACCUCUAUUUCCAGGAAUUAAGGUGGAUUGGCCAGAAUUAAAUGGAGUAAAGGGACUUGAAGCUAAGAGAAUAAUCGAACAUGACAAUCCAAAAGUGGUGGUUGUUAUCAUUCCCGAUGAUGUUGCUGUACUAGCCGUCAAUUGUUGUAACCGUGUCAUUGUCCGUGUUCCCGUCAACAACUGUCCCAAUGGUCCUGUCAGUAAUUUUCCUCACAUCGGAUGAGAAAACUAUAAUAUUCCUCAUGUCGGAUAAGAAAACUAUGUUGUUCUUUUACCUAGCUAUUUCAGUUAUAUCUUUCGUUUCAAUAAUUUCCGAUAAGUAUUUUUA